CCCGACUGGGUUCGUGGAAGCGCCAGACAGAAAGGCGCCGGCGGGAGGAUGUAGGGCGAGCAGUCCGCUGCAUCUGAUCCCUCUUGCAUCUCUUCAAUCAUACUCUCUACCGAUAUCAGUUUACCCGACAGCCAUCAUCCUAUGGCCGAAUCGAUCGAGCUCGGUACCAUACCUACCAACGCCUCGCAGACUGAUGCCGACCCGAGACCGGAAUCCAGCACAAGGGAUCAACAGGACAUAGACGAAGAGCCUGCUCAUGCGACUUCCUUGUCUCCAGUGGAUGGAGGAUGGCGGGCUUGGCUGUUCUUGGUAGCUGCUACCUGGAUAGAGGUGCUGGUAUGGGGGCUUCCCUUUUCUGUCGGUAUCUUGCACGUGUACUGGACCAACACUCUCUUUCCCGGCGAAGGAGCAUCCACUUUGACGCUCGCAGCUACUCUCCAGACGGGUCUGCUUUUCGUAAAUGCUGGGCUGUUUGGGCCGGUCAUUGCAGCCUACCCACGCUGGCAAAAAUUGGCACAAGCCAUCGGUCUUCUUUCUGCCUCUGUCGGUCUUAUCUCGAGCGCUUUCGCCACUCGGCCUUGGCAUCUGCUAGUAAGCAUUGGCUGUAUCUAUCCCCUCUGCGGUGCCCUCUACGUACCAUGUGCGACCCUCCUCUUUGAAUGGUUCCUCGAGCGCCGAGGGCUCGCCACGGGCAUCAUGUACGCCGGUACUGGACUUGGCGGCACCAUCGUCCCCUACAUCAUGGACGGUCUGCUCAAGGGUGUGGGAUACAAGGCGGCAAUGUGCUCUCUGGGUAUCGCUUACGCUGUUCUCGGCGGUGUGGCUUUGAUCUUUAUCGACAGGAGGAUACCAAUCUCGCGAUAUGCCAACAACAGUGAAGAGCCGAGAAGUAGCAUGAGGCAGAGGCUCAAUUUGUCGUUUGUCAAGCGUCCAUCGUUCUUCCUGGGAAUCACUACCAUUCUCUUGACGAGUGUGAGCAGCUUUGCUACAACUCUGUGGCUCCCUGCUUUCGCCGACGACCUCUCCCUCACCAACCCCUCCGGCACAGUCCUAAUCUCCAUCCUGAACGCCGCCUCCAUCCCCGGCACCGCCCUCCUCGGCUACCUCUCCGACCAUCUUCCCAUUGGCAUAGUCAUCUCAAUAUCGUGCAUCGGAAGCGGCCUUGCAUGUGCAUUCUUGUGGGGCUUUGGGACGAGUGGGGGAGGGAUUUUGAUCGGUUUUGCCGUCUUGUUUGGGCUGUUGGGACCGAGUUUUGCCGCACUUUGGACGGGGAUGAUUGUGGUCAUCGCCAGUAAGAAAUCUUCUUGUCAUCGUUGUGAGGGACAGUCUGACACCUGAUCAUCCAGAGGAUGAUCUCCUGGCUCCGCCGAUGAUCUUUUCAAUCUUUGCCAUCUGUCGCGGUGUGGGCAGUUUGAUCUCUGGCCCUAUCUCAGGUGCUCUUCUGAAGACCAAUGCCAUGGAAGGAGCCCCCGGCGCGUAUGGUUUCCAGAGCUAUGGAGUGUUGUUGAUUUUCAUCACCCUGAGCAUAAGUGCUGGAGCUGUUACGGGGUUUUAUGAUCAAGUAUCGAAAGUGAUAGGGAAGAGCUUAGCGAGACCUGUCCUCGCAAGGUACUCACUCAUCUGGUAAGUAAGCCCUUGUACGCGUUCUGUCCCAGUUCCCCUGAGUACUUCACUGACAUUGUGACCAGGAUCACAGUCUAAUGUUUUCUUGGGUGCCAACGCUAUACAAGAAGCCGAGGGCUCCGCUGGACCCACCGGGUACUUGAGCGAGAAGCCAACGAACUACAGCGACCGCUUGAUGUAGGGCGUUGAAUCAAUGACGGAGGUUGGAGCUUCCGUUGAUGUAUGAUGUCAUGCAUAUUGAUUCGAUAGCAUGAGGGCGACGUUGCGCCUGGCCCCUACCAAUCAUCCAUGUAGGCAGCAUCAUCCAAUGUCUUUUUCCGAAACAACAAACAGAUUAGGUUAUCUU